AUCUUCAAAAAUUAAACUCAUGACAAGAUGAGAGAUAUCUAUAAAUUGAGCAUUUACUUAAUGUGGGGACAUGUUACAAUGAAAACUUUACAGUGAUCGGUUCCUGAUCACUAAAUAUAUAUAGCUAUCAUUUGGUAGCUUAUUAGCAACCAAGAGAACUGAUAAUAAGAUACUUAAUACUUUAGCUCCUCCUUUUCCAUCUCCAAGGAGGUAUAUUCCACAUCCACCAUGAAGGGUGAUCAAGAACUACAAGUCAUCGUUCAGCAGGGAAAAGAACUAAAUCCAACGGUUCAAGAUGAAAUCAACUCGGUCGGUAACAACCAAACAGGAGUGCCUCACUCAAACAUAUACAAACGGUGGCUCCGGGUGAUUGCCUACACAUUCUUUGUCAUUUCAGGACAAUCAGUUGCUGCAAUUCUAGGAAGACUAUACUAUGACAAUGGAGGAAAAAGCAAAUGGCUAGCAACUGUAGUUCAACUUGUAGGCUUUCCUGUUCUGCUUCCAUAUCAUCUCUUAUCAAUAAAAACACAUGCAACAACUCAUACAGAUAGCAAAUCAGCCUCACCUAGAAACCGUGUAUUAGUUUAUGUAGUACUUGGUGUUCUUGUAGGAGCAGGCUGCUACCUUUAUUCCAUAGGACUGCUUUACCUACCCGUCUCUACCUUUUCUCUGAUCUGUGCAUCGCAGUUAGCCUUCAACGCUUUCUUCUCUUAUUUCCUCAACUCACAAAAACUCACUCCAAUCAUUUUGAACUCUCUUUUGCUCCUAACUAUCUCUUCCACCCUCCUUGCCUUCAAUAGCGAGGAAUCAAAUUUCAAAAAAGUAACAAGAGGACAGUAUGUCACAAGUUUCAUAUGCACCAUUGGUGCUUCUGCCGGAUUUGGUCUAGUCUUAUCAUUACAACAGCUAGCCUUCCGUAAAGUGCUAAAGAGGCAGACAUUCUCAGAAGUUAUGGAUUUGAUCAUCUACGUGAAUCUAGUGGCCAGCUGUGUUAGCUUGGUGGGGCUUUUUGCUAGCGGGGAGUGGAAAACUUUGAGCAGUGAAAUGAAUAGCUACAAGCUUGGAAAGGUAUCCUACGUUAUGAACCUAGUGUGGACGGCUGUUAUCUGGCAGGUAUUCAACGUUGGUGGCACUGGGCUGAUCUUUGAGCUUUCCUCUCUAUUCUCGAAUGCUAUAAGCGCUUUAGGACUGCCUGUGGUUCCUGUACUGGCUGUCAUUAUUUUCCAUGACAAAAUGAAUGGGUUGAAGGUGAUUUCUAUGAUCUUGGCUAUUUGGGGUUUCAUGUCUUAUGUAUACCAACACUAUCUUGAUGACAAAAACUUGAAGAAAAGUAUUGGAAUCUCAACAGAAGAAUCCUCUGACCCAUCAGAAGCAGAAGGGUCAAGUGGGAAAAAGAUACAGACUUAAGCGAGCUGAAAACAAGAAAGAUGAACACAAAUUAUCUGUGUUGCAACUCAAGUGAAGUCUCAGCGUGAUCUUUUUCCUUUCUGCAUCAUUGUAACAGUUAGUAGGUUUGGCUUGACAAAAUAGUGAAUUAUUGUGAUUUAGUUUUGAGAAAAAAAACUACCCAAAUCAUAUUAGCUCAGUGAAAUGGCAUCAAAAACUUGAGUUCAAUACUUUGUAGCUAUGCUAAGUAAUUGUCUAAUAAAAUCUAUGUGUGAGGAUUGUUCCUAAAAUCAGUUUACAUCAGGGAGCCAGCAUAGUGAGCCCGGGGGUACUUGUUUUGCAGUUGUGGCCAUUGAAUAAAGAGCUGAUCAGCUGUCCUUAACUUGUAAUGCAUGAAUCCACUUAAAGACAGCUUCUUAACUCUUGCCACAUU